AUGGAGGAGCCCCCUCCAGCUGAGCCAGCGGCAGAGGAGGCUGCAGCAACAGCAGAGGCAGUAGUGCCGGUGGCUGCGGAGGUGCCGGAGGCAGCGGCGCCAGAGGUCGCAGAGGUCGCUAGCACCACCACUCCACCCGCGCAGGAGGAGGAGCCGGAGGUGGUGCUGGGGAGACGCCUUCUCCCGAGCCCAGCGGAGAUCCCCUCCCGCCCCCCUCUUUGCCAAGAGCCAGCAGCGAGCCCCAUCUGGGUGGCAGAGGCCCCAUCUUCACUUGGCGCCGCCCUCCAGAUGCUGGACUCCACCGCCGAGCAGCUGCGAGACCUGGAGUCCAGCAUGCACGACCUCCUGGAGACAGAAGGGCGAGCAGUUGCUCGGGGGAUGGCAGAGUACAUCCUUACCUGCUUCCGGAGCCACGACCCCGCCUUCCAGCUGACCCCCGUCCUGGUCGGCCCCAUCCGGGCGACGGCGGCCACCGCGCAGGAAGGAGUACAGGAGGCGGCAUAUAUGGUGGUGUCCCGCAUCCGACGCCGCCCCGGACCUGCAGGGAGUGGGGACGCCUCCGGACCACCAGAACAAUAG